CCUGUUUCACAAGGUAGGGGCUUACACCAAUUAGAAAGGAAAUAAAGCAGAGUUUUACUUCAAAUGAAAUCCCAAAGCCAAAAUUAUCAUACAUUGUUAGCUAUCUUAAUAACAAUAUUAACUGUUACCUGUAACGUUAAAGCCUCAAAUGUAACGUUUAAACGGAUGCCAGAGGAGGUAUUUUUCCACAGGUGAUAACGCUAUGCGCUUAUAGUCAGUAAACCUGCUAACCUGAUCCUGGAACAGCAGUUGCACUCGGCAGUUCAGCGUUUAAACACGACCACAAAUGAAGGACUGAUCCCAAAUCAGCCAUCUCGGCACCGGAUGUCGCAUAAAUCCAUUAUGGUGGCCAAAGUAAUCCAGCUCACCUCUAAAUCCCACCAUGAAAACAUCCUGGCCUCUCUGCAUCAGCUGUGUCUGCAGGGACAGCUGAGUGAUGUUACAGUGCAGGUAGACUACCAGGGAGAAGUGCAGGAGUUUCAGGCCCACCAGGUGAUACUUGCAGCAUCAAGUGGUUACUUCAAGAAGGUCCUUCUGGCUCAGGAUGCUGUCCGAGACAAAGUAUUACUCUCAAAUAUGCACUCAAACGAUUUCUCCAAGUUUUUGGAAUUUGUGUACACUGGUAAAGUUGAGGUUGCCAGAGACAAGAUUGGUGAUGUUCAAGCAGUGGCACAGUUUUUGGACUGUGAGGACCUGUCAGAGGUUUGUGAUGUGGCCAUGAGUGCUGGAAUCCUACAAAAACCAACAAAGAAAACAAAUGCACCAGAAGUCAGAGAGGAAGAUGAUUUACAUGGAGCCAAGAAAGAAAAAAUUACCAAAGGGAAGAAGCAGCCCAAAAGCUUACUUCUUAAGCGGCGGCUCUCUCCACAGAGCUCUAAGAAAGAAGUCAUUUCAAAAAGAUUUAAAACAAUGAACUCAGAGAAGGAUGAAAAAAGACAAGGAAGACAGAUAAAAAUUAGGUUGGCUGGGCGUAAAGUCCUUCAGAGGUGUUUAAAUACAAAGAAAUCAGCUCUUAACAAUGAAAACCAAGUUAGCAAUGAAGACAAAGAGCAGCAUGAGGACAGGACUGAAGCCGACGCUCAGCCAGAGAAUCAGCCAGAGAAAGCAGACGAGUCAUCGUUGGGAAUGCCAGUCUCUGAUGUGGAUGAUUGGGACAUUGAGGAGGAUGUGCAGAGUAAUGAUCCUGAAGACCCCUUGGUGUUAUCUCUGGGGGAGGAGGAGGAGGAGGGACAGACCAAGGAGACAUUAAAAAGAACAUCCAAGGCCCAGUUCCAGUGUAACAAGUGCCAGCGGACCUUCCACUAUGAGAAAAGCUACUUAAAGCACAUCAGUAUGUACCACGGAGUGAAAGCAGAUGUCAUUUAUCGCUGUGAGACCUGCCUGCAAACCUUUGCUAACCGCAGCAACCUGAAGAUCCAUGAAAAGCAUGUACAUAGUAACGAGAGGCUUUUUACCUGUGACUCCUGCACAAAGACCUUCAAACGAAAGAAAGAUGUUGUCCGCCACCAAAAACAGGUACAUGAACGUAACAAUCUGCGACAUGUCUGCCCUGAGUGUGGAAAGGGACUCAGCUCCAAAACUGCCCUGUUGUUGCACGAAAGGACACACACGGGUGCAAAGCCCUUUGAGUGCACAGACUGUGGGGCCAGAUUUACCCAGAACUCUGCCCUCAAGAUGCACCGCAGGACUCACACUGGAGAGAAGCCAUUUUCAUGUGAUGAGUGUGAUGCCCGGUUCACACAGAAGCACAUGUUGGCCUAUCACAAGCGAUCACACACAGGCGAGAAGCCCUUCAUGUGUGAGGCCUGUGGGAAAAGCUUUGCAUCUAAAGAAUAUCUGAGACACCAUUCAAACAUCCACACUGGAUCCAAGCCAUACAAGUGCGAACAGUGUGGUCGAGGCUUCGCUCAAAGGAAUUCCCUUCACCAGCAUUUAAAAAUACACACAGGUGAGCGUCCGUACAGCUGUAAAGACUGUGACAAGCAGUUCACCCAGCUCAAUGCCCUCCAGAGGCACCAGCGUAUUCACACAGGAGAGAAACCCUACAUGUGUGGUCUGUGUAGACGCACCUUUACAGACAAGUCCACCCUUCGCAGGCACACUAUGAUUCAUGACUCCGAUGCUCCCUGGAAAACCUACCUUGUGGUGCUGGAGGGAAAUGUGGAGGACAAGAAAACCAAAACUCCCACUAAAGAAAAAGUGGAGACAGGCGAGAAAAAGAGCACCAGUAGAAAAAGCGGUUGUGCUGCUACUAGUACUGGUACCUCUGGCAGUCCUGGUAAAAACAACACUGACGACAUUGUGGUGCCGGCUGAGCCAGUCACUAUCCCCUCUGAAUGGACCACUCAUGGGGCCAUUGCUCUAGUCAGCCACGGAGCCCUCGGCGGGAUCACGGUCAUCCACACUGAGGUGCCACCUGGGACUCAGAUCCAGCCCAUUUCCUUAGAUGGAUCCGCCAUCCCUGUCCCCUUCUCUAUACCAGUGUCCAUGGCACACGCUAUUCCCUUGUCCUCUGAAGCUUCCACCAUUUCUCUGUCUGUACCCACUCUCUCAGUUCCUGUUUCUGAUGGCAUGUUGGUGUCAGUCUCAGAUACCCCAACUGUUUCUACACCAUCUGUCCUGGAAGCUGCUGCUUCACAGACCAUUUUGGCUCCUGUUUCAGAGACUAAGGCCACUUCUGAGACGGACAUUUUGCCGCCUAAUGUUCAGGCUGUGAUUAUCGAUGACAACAUUUGUGGAGAAGAACAAACGACUGCUGUCCCAAGUGACAGGACAGCAGAUAACCCCUUAGCUGAACCUAAAGUCUCCCUAGCUGAAGAUGUUGUGUAGAACAUGCAUGUCAAUAUAAAUAAUUAUAUUUGGUUGUAGGGAAUUUCAAAUCCCUUUUCAUGUUGUAUGUACACGAGCAUUAUCAGUGUCUGAAUGUGUGUUCUGACCAUGUGGUGUUUCAUCAUUAUUGAUACAUCAUUUAAAGUGUUUCAUUAACAGAC